AUGAAUACUUCGAUUGUCUUAACAAUUUAUUCGAUUAUUUCUCUCGAAACUCUUCUUAUUCCAUCUUCAUCUUUAACAUCUUCCUGUAAAAUUCGUCAUGGAUAUUUCAUAUCAACAAGUUCAUUAUCUGUUGUAUUAUCUUAUAUUCUCCAAGCAUUUUAUCGUCUUGUUCGAAUUGCUUUUUCUUCUUCAAUUCGUUCGAAAUAUAUUUGGAUAAGUUUUAUUAUCAUUCAAUGGUUUCUUUCGUUCUGUUUUUGUUUACCAUUUUUACUUAUUGAAGGAUUUAUUUCUUAUAUUCCCUUUGACCAAUCCUAUUGUGUAACAACUUAUCGAAAUUUAUUUGCAUCGAUCUAUGGUUCAUUAGUAAUUUAUAUUUUCCCUUUAAUAGUUCUUAUUGGAAUAUACGGAUAUGUUAUUUGGUUUUUGAAACGUUCUCAACGUGUAAUUACAUUUCAUCAACAACGAAGAAAUCAACGUGAUUUGAUUGUGAUUAAACGAAUUGUUUUCAUAGUAAAUGGAUUAAUUUGUGCUGGAUUACCAUCGAUGAUCUUAUGGAUGAUUUAUCUUAUCAAAGGAAAUCUUAUUGAACCAUUGAUCUAUGAAAUCACUUGGUUAAGUGUUCAAUUGGGUAUUGUCGUCGAGAAUAUUUUACUUAUUUAUUUUACGAGAGAAAUUCGAAGUUUUCUCAAAGAAUCAAAUAUUGUUCAUUUUUAA